AUGGAAUUAAAGAAUUUCUUCCAAAUCUUCUUGUUUGUCCUUGCAGGCUUUGUUGUUGUGUCUGCACAAGAAUGUGGCAAAACUGGUUUUUUUAUUCCCGGCAAUAAAUAUGACACAAAUCGUGGCCUUAUCCUCUCUUCUCUUGCUUCAAAAGUUUCAGCUCAAGGCGGCUUCUUCAAUGAUUCAAUUGGCGAAGGCACUGAUCGAGUUUAUGCUUUGGGGAUGUGCAUCCAAGGUGCUGAGCCAGAUGUCUGCUCCAAAUGUAUUGACAGUGCGUCUAAUGCGUUAUUAGACAAGUGUCCCAACCAGACAGAAGGCCUCAACUGGCCUGAAGUACGGAUUCUGUGUAUGAUACGAUACUCCAAUACUUCGUUUUUUGGAUCGCUCAAGGCAGAACCACCUUUUCACAUCGCCAAUCCGGCCGAUAUCAGAUACGACUUAACAGUGUUUGAUCAAGUGUUGCAAGGCUUAGCAACUCGUAUGAUAGCCAGUGCCACUUCACCUUCAUCUAAACGCAAGUACUACGCAGUUGACAUAGCACCCCUGACAUCUUUCCCGAGUAUAUUUGCAUUAAUGCAAUGCACACCGGACUUAUCUCUUGAGGAUUGCCAUAUCUGUUUAAGAGAAAAUGUUGCUGACUAUGAAUCAUCGUUCCGUGGGAAGCAAGGUGGCAUUUCUUACCGGUCCAGCUGUGUUUUCCGGUGGGAACUAAGGCCCUUCUCUGAAGCUUUUAGAGAUAUUACAUUGGCACCUCCGCCUGAAGAAGGAAACGUGACCAAUACGAAGACAAAGAAAGGUAGCGAGACAGUCUCAAUUGUAAUUCCGACUACCAUUAUUGUUAUUUUCUUGGUACUGCUUGCGCUAGGAUUUUUUAUAUAUAGGAGGAGAAAGUCAUGCCGAGCAUUAGUAUACCAAGGAUCAAGUACUGAUAUCACCUUUACACCCUCAUUACAAUUCGAUUUCAAAACGAUUGAAGCUGCAACAAAGAAUUUUUCAGAGAGCAACAAAAUUGGCCAGGGUGGAUUUGGAGAUGUUUUCAAGGCUGUUCUUAACGGAAGGGAAGUUGCAGUUAAGAGGCUUUCAAAAACAUCAGGACAAGGUGCAAGAGAGUUCAAGAAUGAGGCUGUUCUAGUGGCAAAGCUUCAACACAAAAACCUGGUUAGGCUUUUUGGAUUUUGUGUGGAAGGAGAAGAAAAGAUACUUGUCUAUGAGUUUGUGCCUAACAAAAGCCUCGAUUACUUCCUUUUUGACCCUUCAAUACAGGGCCAACUGAACUGGAAAAUGCGAUAUAAUAUCAUUGUGGGAAUUGCUCGAGGAGUUCUGUAUCUUCAUCAAGACUCACUGCUAACAAUUAUACACCGAGAUCUCAAAGCAAGCAACAUUCUCUUAACUGCCAAUAUGAACCCAAAAAUUUCAGACUUUGGAUUAGCGACGAUUUUUGGAACGGAGCAAACUCGAGGCAGUACCAAUAGGAUUGCUGGCACUUACGCUUACAUGUCUCCGGAGUACGCGAUGCAUGGUCAAUUUUCGAUGAAAUCUGACAUAUACAGCUUUGGAGUCUUAGUUCUUGAGAUUAUAAGCGGAAAGAAAAACAGUGGCAUCUACCAGAUGGAUGAAACUACUACUGCUGGGAAUUUGGUCACUUAUGCAUGGAGGCUUUGGAUAAACGGGUCACCAUUAGAGCUGGUGGAUCCAGCAAUAACAAGGAAUUAUCAGAGUAAUGAAGUCACUAGAUGCAUCCAUAUAGCACUCUUAUGUAUUCAAGAAAAUCCAGAUGACCGUCCUUUGUUAUCAGACAUCAUCUUGAUGCUCGGUAGUAACACAAACACUCUACCGGUUCCUUGCUUACCGGGGUUUCUCCAACGAAGUAGGCACGAACUGGUCCAUGUAUCUGAGGGAUUAGAAUCAAAUGAAUCUACAUAAAGAUCUAGUCCUUAUUCUAUUAAUGACGUGUCGAUUACUGAUUUAGAGCCCCGUUGAACACGGAUAGAUUGUGUGUGUAAUUUUUGAGUGGAGCUUCUACUAUAGUUUCCCUUUUCUGUCUGUUACCUCAAAUGUAGAAAACUCUUGCGAGUUGUGUCUCUCCAGUAUUA